AUGGUUUUCUAUUUUACCUCCAAUGUCGUUGAGCCUCCCGCAUUCAUCUAUGUCGGGAAAGACAAGGAAGAAAACGAGGAUUUAAUCAAAUAUGGACUGGAAGCCGACGUUUGGGCAGGGAACAAAAAGGAUAACAUAACAGUGAUUUAUACCCCGUGGUCGAAUUUACUGAAAACCGCAUCGAUGGCCACUGGUCAGGUCUCCUUCCACAAUCCAAAGCUAACACGCAAAAUAUUUGUUCCUGCACGACAAAAUCCCAUAGUUAAUCGAUUGAAUAAGACUAAAGUUGAGAAGUAUCCUGAUCUGAUGGCUGAAAAGGAAGAAUAUAUGUCGCAGCGUAGGAAAGAGGAACGAAAACGGAGAGAAGAGAAACGAAUUGCGGAGAAGAAAGAGCGCAAAGAGAGGGAGGAAUUAAAGUGGCAAAAAGAGCACGCUUAUGAUGAUUUGAUGAGUGAGGAGAACGUUUAUCAAAGCAGCAACCAGAAUCGCGAUGAGAGCUAUCUAGACGAUUUCAUGUGA